ACGCUAUAUAAGAGAAUGAAGAACCGGCCGGCCAAGAUAAAGCUUGUGUAUUGUCAACAUUCAUCGUGCUGUUACUCCUCUACCUCCGUCGUUGACAGAAUGUAUUGGCUGUGUCUUGCGGCAUUAACUGCGACCGUGGCAGCGCAAGGUUCUUACGAUUUGGAACCAAGAGUGUCUUUUCCCGGCAAAUCGUCCAGCUUAGGGCCACUCUACUCGUCUGGCCUUAACGCUGGUCAAGGUUUUCGCGAUAACAGUUACGAGGAUAACAUUGUAACACCUACUCCUUCCCCAACACCUGCCUACAGAAAUCCAAGCAGUCAACCACCUCUUUAUCGCAAACCAUCGGCUGCAUCUCUCGAUCAAACAGGUAUCAGAGUGAAUGGACCUCCGCGUGGUAUUCUUCGUGGUGGUCAACCACAAAAUCCAAAAGAGGCUGAAGAACUUGAAGAAAAAGAAGAACCCGAUCGUUUGACUCUUCUUUUACCGCAAAGUAAAUUCGAUUGUGUGAACAAACAAACAGGCUAUUAUGCUGAUGAAGAUCUUAAUUGCGAGGUCUUUCACUAUUGUCAAGAUAACGCGAAACAUUCUUGGAUUUGUCCCGAAGGAUUUACAUUCCAUCAGGUUCAUCUGAUUUGCAUGCCACCAAGUGGGGACAUAAACUGUAAGAAAAGCUCGCAAUAUCACUUCGUUAACGAAUAUCUUUAUAAACCGUUGAACUUGGCUGAAGCUGAAAACAAACCGAAUGUGACCUUGAGAUACAGUGAAAGAUAUUUUCCGGCAGACAUUCACCCGGAUGAGCGUGAAAUUGGCGAUUAUCAAAUUACUCCUUCUGCACCUAUUCGUCGUCCCACACCACCAAUAUAUGCAAGUCAACAAUCAGCUACACUGAAUAGUAUUCCACCGUCAGCACGUCCACAACCAACCAGUCUUCCACAAUUUCGUUUACCAGUGAAUCAAGUUUUUCGUAGUCCCGAGGAAGUGAAUAUUCCGCUUCAACACAGACGUCCGCAACCUCAACAUCAACCUGUGAGAAGAUUCCCUCAAGUACGACCUGAUGAUGAAGAAUACGAAUAAAUUUAAUCGACAUUCAUUUGAUAAUUAUCAUUCAUUGUUACAUUCAUCAUCGCAAAUCUGUCGUUAAUUAUAUUACAUGUGGUUUCAUCAUUCAUAUUGCGUUAAAAUUAUAAAAGAAGGAAGAAAACAUUUCGGGAAUAAUAAUUAUUAUUUAUUCAAAUAAAA